AUGGUACAGGUGAUUCCCGCACAUAUCAAGAAUGUAUGGGACGAAUGGAACAUCAGAGGAAUUGUAAUCCUCAGUCUCUCGCUUCAGACAAUUCUCAUCCUCCUAGCACCAUUGAGGAAAAGAACAUCCAACAGGUUCCUGGCUUUAGUCCUGUGGUUGUCUUAUCUCUUAGCAGAUUGGUCUGCAAACUUUGUGAUUGGACUUAUUGCUAAGAAUCAAGGGAAAGAAUUGAAGCCAGAUGAUCUUCCUCAAGAUAAGAAGCUCAUGGCUUUGUGGGCACCGUUCUUGCUCUUACAUCUUGGUGGACCAGACACAAUCACUGCAUACUCUCUUGAGGACAAUGCUCUUUGGCACAGACACUUCCUUGGCCUGGCUUUACAGGCUAUUUCAGGUGCCUAUGUGGUUAUCCAAUCUCUACCGAAUUCUCUUUGGGUGAUCAUACUGCUUUUGUUCAUUGCUGGGACAUUAAAGUAUCUGGAAAGGACAAUUGCCUUGUAUCUCGCGAGCUCAGACAAGUUCAGGGGUUCAAUGCUUGAGGUUCCUGAUUCGGAUUCUACUGAGACCCGCCCUUCGGGAAAGGAAGACGACUCGAUGGCUACUGAAAACUACACGCAGUAUGGGAGACCAUUAAGGCUAGAAAACCCCGGUAAUCUGACUCACCUCGAGAUCCUUCAGUUUGCUUUCUGGUUUUUCAAUAACUUCAAGAGUCUUGUGGUCAAUAACAUUUUUAGCUCUGAGCAACGAGGUGAGAGCAGAGAAUUCUUCAAGAAUCUAACAAAUGAAGAAGCUUUGAGGAUUUUGGAGGUGGAGCUCGGUUUUAUCUAUGAAGGUUUAUACACGAAAGUCUCGGUUCUUCAUACUUGGGUUGGAGCUUUGACUCGAACCAUAGCCUUGGGAUCUCUUUUGUCAGCAUUUGGAAUAUUUCAUUACAGAACCAAGAAGAGCCAUGAGUUUCAUGGAGCUGAUAUUGUGAUCACCUACAUUUUGUUCUUAGUUGGAAUAGCUCUGGAUUUUGUAUCUCUCCUCAUGAUCCUCCCCUCAGACUGGACAUUUGCUGUCAUUAGUAGGAUAAAUGAAGACGAAGUAGACAGUGGCUCAUGGAUAGACCCUGCACUCAAGUGGCUCCUCGGUUUGAAGAAGCUGCACUGGAAGAAGCAAAUAUGCUGCGGAGGAGUCGAACAUGAGGUGCUUAACACACCAUUUCUAAUCCAAAGAUGGGCAGGAAGCAUCAAACUGUUUAAUUUCAUCGCAUACUCUGUGAAAGCAGAUAUAAAGAGGAUGCAUGACGUCAAGGGUAGAAGACGUCGGCUUGUGUGGAAGACUAUACUUUACCCUUUCACUUCCGUUUCCAACAUCUCCAAGAAAUUGUGCAAAAAGAUCGCCAUUUGGAAUGAUGAUCUUCACCAGUAUAUGAAAGAUGUCACCGGUCAGUGGUCGGGAGACAAUCCAGUAGCUCAUUACCUUAUUAUUAUUGUUGAGUUCUGGUUCAUGAUACCUCACUGCUUCACGUUUAUUGGCAGCUACAUCACCAACUUCCUCGGCAUCGAUGAUCUGCUAGAUGAGAUCAGUCUGAUAAGAUCUGUACACAGUGAACCCUUGACAAAAGAGCUGUGGGAAUUCAUAUUUGACGAGCUUAAAUCUAGACUCCAGCGUCCACGAAAGGAGAGAAGAAAAACAAAAGCCGGAAAGAAAGGAUGGGAUUCUGGAAACAUUGAAUUAGAUAUGGCUGAUCCAGAACGGCUUAUGCGUUAUAUAGCAGAUGUUGAUUUCGACCGGAGCCUUAUGCUAUGGCAUAUAGCAACUGAGCUGUGUUACCAAGAAGAAGUGCCCAUAAGUAGCUGUGAUAAAGACCGUGAGUUCAGCAAAAUCCUUUCAGACUACAUGAUGUAUCUCUUGAUUAUGCAGCCAAAGCUGAUGUCAGAGGUUGCGGGGAUAGGGAAGAUCAGGUUUAGAGACACGUUAGCCGAAGCUGGAAAGUUCUAUAAGAGAUGGCAUAUUGAGAACUUGAGGGAUGUGCGAAGAGCUAGCCAUAAGAUUCUUUCAGUAGAGAUAGAGAUUCAUCCAAGGGAUGUUAAAGGAAACAAAAGCAAAUCUGUGUUGUUCGAGGCUAGGGCACUGGCGAAAGAACUCAACAAGAUAAAGAAGCAAAGUGUUGAUAGCGAUGAAGAAAGCAUGUGGAAGGUGGUAAGCAAAGUGUGGAUGGAGUUGCUAUUUCACGCAGCAAGCAAUUGUGACGCUACAGCACGUAUGGAUCAGCUUAGCAAAGGAGGAGAGCUCCUCAUUUUUGUUUGGCUAGCAUUGGCUCACCUCGGCCUUGGAAGUCAGUUGAGUUCAUCAGCAAACGGGUUGUCUGAGACAAUCUGAAUGUAAGGCAACAUUGGUUUUGAUUUGCACGUAUCAAUGUCCAUUGUUGCUUUUGUUUUGCUUCUGACCUCUUAUCGUGAGCAAUUGCCUGCAAACAAAUAUGGCACAUUGGAAGGAAACUUCACUUCUCUUCGUUAUGUUAUCGUUAUUAUCAAAAUAUGAACAAUUAACUAUAC